CUAAAUUAUUUGAAGUAGCGCGAUUAUACGAAAACUCCCCGAGGUAUUCGACAGUCGGAGGAGGAAAUUAAUGAAGGAGGGCGAAGUGAAUUGCGCAACUCCGGCGCGACAGAUGUUGGAAAUCUCUGGUUGAAUGUAGACAGAAGAAGAGGAAGAGGAGGAAGAAGAGAAAGUGUCCCGAACAGAGAUGAACACGUUGUUCUGUUGGAGACGGACGAUGAGCGUUGAAGAGGUGGAAGCGUUGUGUCGAUGUUUCCUUCACUGAAAGCUUCAGCUGGCCACUCUAAAGGACAUGUUUUUGAUGGAACUGCAUCUCUACAGAGGACUUGACUCAAGUCUGAUUUCAACUUGACUGCCACUGGCUAUGAGAAUCUGCACUCCGAGACUGAAACGGCUGGGGGUAAGAUGUUUGUGGAGUCAGUCGUCCGAUGGGGGGCUUGGAGCAUUCUGCUUCAGUUUGGACUGGGUGUAUCUGCAGGAAGCUGUCCUCCACGCUGUGUGUGUCGACCUGAGGCGAAAGAAGUGAUCUGCUCCGGCAAACAUUUGAACUCAGUGCCAGAAGGCUUUUCUGGUGAUGCCAGGCGUUUGGAUUUAUCCCACAAUAAGAUUAAAACUGUUGGGCGCCGCCAGUUCUCUGGUCUCCAGCAACUUCAAGAGUUGGAUCUCAGUGAUAACAUAAUCUCCAUGAUUGAGGUGGAGGCUUUCCAGGGCCUACAGAAUCUCAGGACACUUCGGAUUAAGAAUAAUCGACUCAAGAUUAUCCCAGUUGGGGUGUUUUCUGGCCUAUCCAGUCUGCGCUGUCUGGAUUUGAGCCAGAAUGAGAUUCUGGUCUUCCUGGACUACACCUUCAAAGAAUUGGUGAACCUGCAAACGCUGGAAGCCGAAGAGAAUGACUUGGUCUUCAUCUCCCAGCGGGCUUUCUUUGGUUUGCAGAAUCUGCAGGAGCUCAAUUUAGAUCGCAGCAACCUGACCUCGGUUCCUACCGAGGCAUUGUCCCAACUCCAGAGCCUGACCCAUCUUCGCAUACUACGCCUCACCAUUUCUACACUCCCCAACAAUGCUUUCCGACGGCUACACCGUCUUCGUAGCCUCCUGAUUGCAAACUGGCCAGCAUUGGACAAUGUGGCUAGCAACAGCCUGAUUGGUCUUAAUCUGACCUCACUUGUCAUCAGCAACUGCAACCUAAGUGCUGUUCCUUACUCAGCAUUUCGUCAUCUGGUGUAUCUUCGCUACCUGGAUCUGUCCUAUAACCCCAUCACUGUUAUCCAAGGUAAUCUGCUAGGUGACCUCCUGAGACUCCAAGAGUUACACCUAGCAGGGGGGAGCCUGCUAAGAAUAGAGCCAGGGGCCUUUAGGGGACUGGCCUACUUCCGCAUGCUCAAUGUGACCUCCAAUCAGCUCACUACUUUGGAGGAGAGUGUCUUCCACUCUGUGGGGAACCUUCAGGUUUUGCGGUUGGAUGGGAAUCCCCUAGCUUGUGACUGCCGGCUUCUCUGGGUGGUCCGUCGUCGAUUGCGCUUGAACUUUGAUGGACAUCAGCCCUCUUGUUUGUCUCCUGAUGCAGUGAGACAUCGUGAAUUCAGAGAUUUCUCCGAGAAGGAGCUCCCGAGGCUCUUUACCUGCCGCCCUGCCCGUAUAAUGGACCGCAGGCCGCAGGAGGCGAGAGUAGAGGAGGGCACGACAGUUAUCUUCUCCUGUAAGGCUGAUGGGGAUCCAUUCCCAUCUAUCUCCUGGAUCUCAUCCCAUAAGAAUGUGGUUUCUCCAACAGGACGAAUCAGAGUUUUGCUCAAUGGUACUCUAGAAGUGCGUUUUGCCCAAGUUCAGGACAGUGGCACAUAUCAGUGCCUGGCGGGCAAUGCAGCCGGCAAUGACAGCCUGACUGUCGGUCUGUACGUGAAGGGGCUCCCUCGUAACCGAACCAUCCCCUUCUUCUCAGAGGAGGGCUGGGUAGAGCCUUCAAACUCCCAAGCUGCAAACUCCUCAGCUCAGAUGGCCAAACCAUACCCGUUUGACGCAAAGACCCUGAUCAUCGCCACAACCAUGGGCUUCCUGUCUUUCCUCAGCUCAGUGGCCAUCUGCUUUGUCUUCAUGUUCUUCUGGAGCCAGAGCAAAGGUCAGAUCAAGCACACAGCAACUAUUGACUUUGUUCCUCGGUCUUCAAUGGGUGGUGGAGGGGACGGAGGUGACGGUGGCAGGUUCACCAUGAAACUUAUUUGAAGCCAAGGAAGAGGUGAAAGGGGCCUCCAUAUUGACUGAGUUAUUCUGCACUAUGGUCCCUCCCUAUUGGAACACUCAAGGACAGAGACCCCAAUUCAUAGGCCCCUUUUGAAGGCAAAUCGGAGCCAGUUUGUUGGACUUGUGCUAGCCCUCUUCUAAUUUUAGAGUGGAAAGUUACAUCUCAGCACCCACUUUGCUAAUGAAUGAAUAUCUCAUGAUCUUGGAAAUGAAAGAUGUAACAGAUUGACAGCAGAGCUCUCUCAUGGUUGCUGUGCAUUUGUUUCCAACAUUUACUUUGAAUAAGCAAAUGACCACUUACCUAGCACGGGUGUAAUUUUUACGUAGCAAGUAAUUAUACAAUAGUUUAAAUUUUUUCACAGACUUUGGGAUUAACACAUGAGGACGGUUUGAGUUUCACACCAGUUUAUGCAUUGUCAAAACAUAUCAGGUGCUUGUUUAAUCAUCCAUAUUGUACAUAAGUAAGUGUAAGUGUGUUCAGCUUUAUGUCUUCACUUGCCAAUACAAGCCAAGUAAACAUUUGCCCUUUUGACCCUCCAGUUGCUAUUUCUGCUUACCCACAGAGCAACUUGUCAAAGACUGCCAAUUCAGCAAUGACUGUAAGUGUAUGUGACCACAAAGCUUUUGAUACUUGCAAUAAAUAUAUGGAAUAGACUAGCCAAAACAUUUCUGAUCCUCAAAUGGUUAAACUUUGAACAUUUUGGAACUUUGCAAUAUGCUUCUUUUAUUCUGCAUCGGAGAUGUGCUUUCUGUUAUGGGUGGGGCUUACUUUAAAUGAUGAUGCAGCAGUGCAAAGGGAAUGCUAAUGUACAUAGGAAUGUAUCCUUUCCCAUUGUCAUACUUAUAACAAAUUUGUCAAGUCCUAUUUGGAUCACUGUCUUUUUUUAACAUUUGUUAUCAUGUAAUUACAAUAGAUGACUCUUUGUUCCAUCAGAAGAUGCUAUGAUUUCUCCUUUUUAUAUUCAAGGAACCACUUUUUUAUUUUUUCCCCACACAAAUCACUGACAAAUAUGUGCCUCAGUUACAUUCUCACCAUCGACAGAGAAUGCUCACCUGAUCAUUGUUAUCUUGUAAAUAUUUAGGUCAAGGGCGUUUGUGUGUGCGGGGUUUAGUCUAUCAUUUUAUCUAGUUCUGGGGAUUAGUGUCACUCAAAUACUGCACUCUUGUUGUGUAUAAACUGUGUAACUGUGUAGAUGCUCUACGCACAAAGCAAUGCUUUAUUAUGCCAGGAACAGA